UAUAUUUUGAGGGGUUCUGAAAUCAAAGGGUGCAAUUCGGAUACACGUCCUUGUCCAUCAGUGACUUGGACGGCACAAGAAGUAUCGAAUUCAAUUUAAAAACUACCCCUAUACUAACGUCCGUUUGUUCACAGAAUUCUUAAUUUACCUCAAUUGCCGUCGCGCGCUAUCCCCAAUUAUUUGCAGGCGGACGUUGAAAUCUGACAAAAAGCUAAACAAAUGAAAUCGAUUCCAUCGUUUAUCUUGAAGAGUAGAUAGUGUUUUGUUAAAUGGUAAGUACGGAUUGAAUUUUACAGGAGUCGGCAUCUAACAAAUUGCGCAGUAGCAGGACUCUUUAUCACCUGCUAAUCUUAAAGAGGUGAAAGGAGGGGAGGGAUCGCUAAAUUUCUGCAGGCACGCAAUCCAUGGAACAGCUCGUUAAUUUCGUCAUCCGUCCGCCCAGGGCUGAUUAUAGUCCCACUCAUGACUUACUAGAACAGGAAUUUUCGCUCAAAGGACGUAGGUUUCGCCGCAAAGAUCUAGAGGUCAUCAAUGAUCAUGGUAAUGUGUUACAGUGCAGUCAUUACAUGCCUGAUCCUAUGCCAGAAGGUAGAUCACUACCAUGUGUGAUUUAUUGUCACGGGAACAGUGGAUGCAGAGCAGAUGCUAAUGAAGCUGCUGUCAUUUUGCUGCCUUCAUAUAUUACAGUUUUUACCCUUGAUUUUUCUGGUUCUGGCCUAUCAGAGGGAGAGUAUGUCACUUUGGGGUGGAGAGAGAAGGAUGAUCUAAAGGCAGUUGUCAGAUUUCUGCGAGAAGAUGAACAAGUUUCGUGCAUUGGCUUGUGGGGUCGAUCGAUGGGGGCUGUAACAACCUUGAUGUAUGGAGCUGAAGAUCCCUCAAUUGCAGGGAUGGUCCUUGAUAGUCCAUUUGCAAAUUUGGUUGAUUUGAUGAUGGAGUUGGUUGAUGUAUACAAGAUGCGCCUUCCAAAAUUUACUGUUAAAGUAGCAGUACAAUAUAUGAGAAAAGUAAUCCAGAAGAAAGCUCGCUUUGACAUCAUGGAUCUUGAUGUUAUUCAGGUAGCAUCAAAAUCUUUCAUACCUGCAUUAUUUGGACAUGCCACCGAAGAUAUCUUUAUUCAACCUCAUCAUUCGGACCUCAUAUGCAAGUCAUAUGCUGGGGACAAAAAUAUCAUUAAAUUUGAGGGGGACCACAACUCUCCACGACCACAGUUCUACUAUGACUCAAUAACCAUUUUCUUCCACAAUGUCUUGCAUCCUCCAGAUGAUUUGGUUGAAAAAAAUGCUUCCGAAUUCCUGUAUGAAUAUAUUGACGGAUCUGAAGAUUUGGAUGAGAGCGUGUGGCAUGACAUCUUAAAUGCUCAAGGAUUUAUUCCAAAUUCUACUGAUUCUCUUCAUCAGCCUAAUAGCCCUGAAUUCAGUGCAAACUCUACUGAAGACGCCAUUAAUCACUCUCGUGCUAGAUGGCAAAUGAGUAGAACUGAGGUACCAGCUAAUUUUACAGAUGUUGCAGAUGAUAAUAUCAAUUUCCUUAAUGAAAAUGAUUUUACUGGAGGGGAAGCCACACCUUCAAAAUCCUGUGAUACUGAGGGAUCUCAAAAAUCUUUGCAGAGGAAAGAAAAUGGAAAUGCUGAGAGUUCAUCCUAUAAAAUGUGCAGUAUAAAUGAUCACAGCUGUGAGCAACAUUCUCUUGAGAGCACAGUGACAAGAGAAAUGAGCAACCAGGCUGCAGAUUGUUCUCUGGGUAGCUUUGCACACUUUCCACUUACAACAGACGAUGAAGAAAAGAUGAUCAUGGAAGCAAUCGCUGCAUCCCUUCAGGAUCUUGAAACUAGAGAAGUUUCUCAGGAAGAAAGCACCAAAGACGAAGAGAAGAAAACUUGUCAGACAGCAUCAGAAACUUCUGGGGACGCUUCUAAAGGUUCUGACAAUGAAGGCUUGCACACCACCUCUUCUGAAGUGACGAUAUUGCCAAGUGUAGACAGUUCCCAGAUACAAUCUGAUCCGCCUGGAACGAUUAAAAUUGAAACAGAAGAAAAGUGCACUAAUUUGUCUGAUUCAAAAAACCCAUCAAUGAGCGUGUUGGAUGGUUUAAAUCAUCGUUGGGUUAGUUUCUUCCGCAAAAACCAACAAUAGCCACUGUAAAUAAUUGAUGUUCUAUAAUUGCAAUCUCUCAACAAAGACGUAACCUUGGAAAUUUGAGUGUAUUGUUGUAUAUUAACCAUUGAUAGUAGGCUGUUAUCAUGUAUUAACGUCAAUCUGAUCCAUUUUCCCUUUCA